GGUAAUGAAGCCAAGAUGGAAAGAAAAGAUUCAAGCUCGGAAGACAAGGAUAGGCAGAAAUUUUAGCAAGUGCAUGGGGGAAGAGAGGUCAUUAUCACGAGGCAGGUCUUUUACAAGAACCCGUCUUACGGGUGCGACACUCGAUAUCGCGAGGUGAACCGGAGCAGACCUCUCAGCACUCAGCGCCAUGACAACAACGCAUGUGGUGUGUGCAACGAUGUUCUUAGCGGUCGUGGUGCACGGUGAGAUCCGCUGGGACGACGACGACAGUCCACUGAAGCGCACAUACAUUGUGGAAGCCACUGACUAUGGUCUGCAGAGAAUGAAUGAAUUGGUGAACGUCCAAGAGCCGCGCCUCUAUCAGAUCGGAAUGUGGCUAGACAAGGAUAACCCUGCAAGGUACGUGGCAGCAUUUAACGGCCAGAGUGACGUGGCGAGGAGACUAGCGAAGUUCGGGUACGCGUCCCUGCAGGCCACUUCGAAACUAGUGCAACAUCUGUACUCUGGAGUGGAAAGCCGCGCCGCGGUCGAAGGUCUCAAGUUUCCGACCAUCUCGCUGCUUCACACGGCACUACACGACCAAUGUCCCUUGCGGAGUGAUCAGCUUGCAGUCUGUCCAGAUUCCAGUGGUCGCUACAGGACUGCUGAUGGUCGCUGUAACAAUCCCGCACACCCCUGGUGGGGAGCCUCCAUGAUGCCCCUCCAUCGCUUCUUACCGUCCCACUACAGGGAUGGUUUAGAGCGAAUACGAGUGUCGGUGUCAGGGGGCCCACUUCCCAGUGCCCGUUUAGUAAGCUCAGUGAUCCACAGCGACAGAGACAGUGACCUGACAUCCAUCACACAUAUGGUGAUGCAAUGGGGACAGUUCCUAGACCAUGACCUCACAUCUUCAGCACAGAGCCGAGGAUUCAAUGGCUCAGUACCCAAAUGCUGCACUGAUGGAGGCCGUGACUUCCAGCCACCGGACCUUACACACCCAGACUGUAUGGCUAUCGCUGUUCCACCUGAUGACUGGUUUUACAGUCAUUAUGGUAUCUGCUGUUUGGAAUUUGUACGGAGCAGUCCAACUUCUCGUGUGGGUUGUUCACUUGGGCCUCGUGACCAGAUCAACCAAGUGACUUCAUUCAUUGAUGCUUCUGCAGUGUAUGGUAGCUCAGAGAAAGAAGAGGAUGAUCUCAGGAUGUUCAGAAAUGGUCUGCUAAAAUACAGCCGAGUGCAGUACCGGCUGCCCCUGCUGCCGGCUGCAACCUACAAGGCAGACUUGUGCCGCGGUCAGUCAGGUCACCUCAGGUGUUUCCAUGCAGGAGAUAAGCGUGUGAAUGAGCAGCCUGGACUCAUAGCCCUGCACACUAUUUUUAUGAGAGCUCAUAACAAAAUUGCAACAGAGCUUAGUCACAUUAACCCACACUGGCGGGAUGAGAAGCUGUACCAGGAAACACGAAGGAUCAUUGGAGCCAUCAUGCAGCACAUAACUUUCAAAGAGUUCCUACCCAUUGUCCUUGGCCAAGACGUCAUGAAACUAUUUGAUUUGGAACUGAUGAAGAAAGGGUACUUUACAGGAUAUGACAUCAAGACCAAUCCUACUGCAGCUAAUGCAUUUGGCACAGCGGCCUUCAGGUUUGGACACAGUCUAGUGCAGCACAGUCUCAUGAGAUGUGACAGAAGUCAUCACAGAUUGUUUCCAAAUGUUUCCCUGCAUGAGGAGCUGACAAACCCAGCUAAUCUUUACAACAUAGGGUCAGUGGACCGACUGCUGCUGGGACUAUGUCAGCAACCAGCACAGAAACGAGACGAGUUCAUCACAGAGGAGCUGACAAAUCACCUGUUCCAGACUCCAAGUUAUGGGUACGGCAUGGAUUUGGCAGCUCUGAAUAUCCAGCGAGGGCGUGAUCAUGGGUUGGCUCCAUAUAAUGCCUGGCGUGAGCCUUGUGGACUUCAGCCACUCACCGACUGGCCCAAUUUGCUCCAAGUAAUGUCAGAAGAGACACAGCGCAAACUCAAACGCAUAUACAGGGAUGUGGAUGACAUUGAUUUGUUUCCUGGUGCAAUGGCAGAGCGUCCAGUAUCAGGUGGACUUGUGGGCUCCACCUUUGCCUGCAUCCUAGCCCAGCAGUUCAGCAACCUGAGGAAAGGUGACAGAUUCUGGUAUGAAAAUGGAGGAUUUGAGUCCAGCUUCACUUUGGCUCAGCUGCAGCAGAUUCGACGCGUAACUCUUGCACGAAUGCUGUGCGAUAAUCUAGAUGGUAUUGACACACUGCAGCCUUUUGUGUUCCUUACUGCUGAUAAUGACCGCAAUUAUCGGGUGCCAUGUGACAGCGAAUAUAUCCUCCAUUUGGAUUUAAAGCCAUGGACAGAACAUCGUAAGCAAGAACAAUACCAUCAUGAGAAACCAACAGACCAUCAGCACUUAUCAUCACACCACACACCAAGCUAUCCAUCCUACCAAAAGCCAACCCCAAGUUACCACCAUACAACAACACCUUCAUAUGAAGAACACCAACCAAGCUACCUCAUUGAUAUUGAAUUACAACCACCACCUAAACCCCAUGAAGAAAACAAACCUACAUAUCUGAUAGACACUAACUUCCAAGGUAAACCUACUAAACCUCAGAACUUGUACACAUCAUCCAUGCAUCCAAAACCUGAUGAACAUAAGCCAACAUAUCUCAUAGAUGAAAGCUUCCAACAGACAGAAAGACCCACAAGUAAAAGGCCCAGUGGAUACAAACCAAGUAAUUCAGCUCAUCUUGCAAUGGAGCAUAAACAGCCAGAUUAUAAUAAUCAUAAUCAAGGCCAUGAUCAUGGUGCAGAACUUCCCAGUAAGCUGGAAACCAGACCUCCAGGUGAUUAUCAUCAUCACCAUCAAGAAGAGUAUUCACAGAGUGAAACAGAACCAACUGGAGGUCAUAACCAUCUAAGUAUAUUUGAACAUUAUGGAGGACAUAAUCCACACAAACCACAUAAAGAAUAUCCAAGCAACCAUUAUGAACCAGUUCACCAUAAACCUCAUUAUGAACAGCAAACAACUGAUAAACCACACAGUGAAUAUCCACAUCACAAACCACAUGAUGAAUAUCCAAGUUAUUCUAAACCUCAUUAUGAACACACAACACAUUCCAAACCAUAUGAUGAGUAUCCAAGUUAUUCUAAACCUCAUUAUGAACACACAACACAUUCCAAACCAUAUGAUGAGUAUCCAAGUUAUUCUAAACCUCAUUAUGAACACACAACACAUUCCAAACCAUAUGAUGAGUAUCCAAGUUAUUCUAAACCUCAUUAUGAACAUACAACACAGUCCACACCACACUAUGAAUUUCCUAAUUCUAAACCUCAUUAUGGGCAUACAAGUCAAUCUAAGCCAUAUAAUGAACAUACAAGUCAUUACAAGCCACAAUAUGUAUAUACCUUUAACAUACCCCAUACUACAAUCAGCUCAAAACCUCAUUAUGAACAUACAUCUUUCACGAAACCUUCUGAUAAUAAAGACAUUCCCAGUACAUUGGAUUACAACAAAUACAAACCACAUCCAUCUAAACCUAGCAGUCAUCAAGAUGGAAGUUACUCAGUUGUUACCAGGCCUCCAUACAAGGAACAGCACUACUCUGGAACUUAUUCGUCAGCAGGCAGGCCAAGCUAUGAGAAGCCAUCAUCUGGGUACCAUCAUACUUCAUACAGCUACAUAGAAGUGUUCAAUGAACCCACCUACUAUUAUCUAGAAGACAGCAAAGUAGUGGGUAAUGCACACAGAAGUCCUGAGAAAGCGACAUUGGACCCAGGACUCCUUGAUUUCAAGUCUUCCAUGAUGCAAACCAAUAGCUCAAGUAUGGAGCAGGAACCUAGGACCUCACUGGGUGACAGUGACAUUGUCCCACCAGAUGAUGUCAACUCCUAUGCUGGCCUCACUACAUUCACGGGAGAUACCACUUCAGAAAACAAUGAAACUGUAAACUUUGUGACCAUUAAAGGUAAUAUUGUCAGCAUCAAUGCAACACCAGAUGAGAAGAGAAAAAUAAUGGUUUUUAGUAGCAGGAUUAAUAUAACUGAGGAUGCUAAUGUUAAUAAUAAUGUUCCCAACACCAGUAUACUUCACAGUGAGAAGCAAGUUACCACCAUGGAAAACAUUAAUGCCAUAGUGACAGAAAAUAUAACAAAAUCUGACAAUACCACUACAAUCAUGAAUGCUAGAAAUACAACAGAACUCAACAACACAGAAUUCGGUAACACCAUGGAUAAUAUUACUAACUCUUCCAAAAUUAAUAUCACCAAUCUUGAGAAUAACAACAAUUUUAUUAUUACUGCCAUUGCAAAACAAAAUAAGACAGACAGUACAAAAACCACAAAUAACAGUACUAACAGUUCUAUUGGCAUAGAACACAGCAUUACAGAAAACAACAUUCAUCUGGAUAACAUUAAUAUAAAUUUAGGUACACAACCAAAUAACACAAGAAAUAAUAAUACUGCCAAUGAAAAUGUAGAAUCUAUCACGGAACAAACUAAGACAGCAUAUGAUAGUACUAUUUUCCACAUAGACAAAAUCGACACUAAUGUCACAAAUGUAAACAAUAUUAUCAACACCAACACAGAUAUACAGAUGAACACUGGUGAGCAAACCACCACAGUAACUAAAAUAACCCAGCAGGAUAUGAAUAUAAAUACAAACACUGAAACAUCACAAGAGACUGUUCUAAAAACUGACAUGACCAUACAUGAAUUAACCCCCAACACCACCUAUGCUGAGUCUUACACAGCAUAUGCUAUCAUUACUGAAAAUGAGAAUGAAUGGAUCUUCACCAAAGAAGAGGAUGAUGGUUCUUUCAUUAUCCCAGAAAUGCCAUCAAUAACCAGUGAUCCAAUGGCUCUGAAAGAACUUCCCCGGCCAAUGAAAUUUGAAAAUGAAGAAACGGGAAGAGGGCUGGUGUGAGAUGUCAUAUGGUAAGUCAGAAAUUAGUACAUAACACGAAUAAAUGUGGUGGAAGAAAAUAUAAAUGGACCAAAAGACAAUAAAUUACAUAAAUUAUUAUUCUUUGUGAAGCUCUAUAAUUGGGUAGAAGAAAACAUUACUUGUCAUAAAUAGUGUUAUCAAGUAAGACUGUGUAACAAAAUGGUUUAAUUUAAACAUAAAAUGCCAAAUUUUAAACAUACAGAUUAUUUUAACUUGUGUCAAGAAACUAUUUUGACAAUGCUGGCCAUUGUCUGUCAUGUUUAAAAGUGAAGAACAGAUUUAUUACAUCCCCCUUGAUAUUGGAUUUGAAUGUAGAAAUAUACUAUCCAGUUGUAUUCUAUAUAAAUUAAUUCAAACAAAAUUUAUCUCAUACUCGCAUAUGUAGAGGUGAUGCAGGUUAUUUAUCUUUAUACAUCAUAAGUGUUUCAUGAUCUCAUAUUUAUUUCAGAAUAUAAUUGUUAUAUUCUUGUGUCUACUUAUAUAUUUUGAGAACACAAUGAUAGCAAAUAUUAUGUGUAAGAAAUGUAUUACUUUUUAAUAUGUUGUCUAGAAAACUUUUGACCAUUCACCUCUUAAAAAUUACAUGAACAGUGACACCCCCCACUCCCACGACACAUUACAGUGCUGCAUAAUACAGAUACUCAGUAAACUGUAAUUCUGAAUGAAAUAGAUGAGAUGUUAUUUAUAAGAUAUUUAUAAAGACAGGUUCAUUUUUCAAGAUUUUACUUACUAUAUUUUGAAUCCCUUGAUCAUGUUCUUUGGAAUGCACAAUACAUCCAGAGUCUUUAUUCAUUUAACGAUACACAUUUUCCUUUAUUAAAAGGAAUGGUGAUGUAAGAUUACUAAAUAUUUUAAAUAUGAAGGUGCAUCAUUCAGUUGUAUAUCAUCAGACCUCAUAUAAAAAUUAUGAGCAAUGAUUACAUUGUUAAAUAGUCACUUUAUUUAUACUGAAUAAUUACUUCACAUUCAUGACUUGUUUAAACAUCUACAUAGUAGACUCUAUAAAUGUUAAUUUAGAAUUUCACAAUAGUUUCAUAUUUUUUGUGUAAUGCACCUCCAUUUUAAAUUAAAAAAUAUAUAAUUAUAAACUGAGAUCAACUUUUUUAAUGAAAAAGGUGAUGAUAAACCUUCAUAUUCCACAAAAGGAAGUGCAAUACUGGAACAGCCAUAUGAGUGUCAGUUUCUUAAGAAACAUUCUGCUCUAUAUUUUUUAUAUAAGAAUCUAAGAUCUAAGAGUUUAGAUUUAUGUUUCAAGCAGAAGAUGGCAUUUGUACAAAUAUAUCACAAUAUAAUGUAUUAGUAACUCUGGCUGUGAAGAACUCUUUCCUGCAUUUCACUAAUUUUAUAAUAUACAAAAUAAAUCCCACCGAAUAUCACAAGAAAUCAUACCAGGAUGUCUUUCAGCAUAACAUUACGACAGAUCUCACAGCAGCUGGUACAAAUAAGGAUACAGAAAAUAUACAUAUAUAUACAGAUAGACAUAUAUGCAGGUAUCAGUUUUAUUCUUUUAGUUACUAAAUAAGCUGCCAUUACAUAAUUUUUAACAUCUCUGUUGCCUUCUUCUGUACAGUAACACAAGUCCUAGCGUUGAUAUUUCUACCAGGACAUUUGACUUUCAUUUAUGCUACUUAUAUGACUAAGACUGGUGUUAAUAUUGGACUAUUGUUGUAAUAACAGCACAUUUAGUCAUAGAUAUUUCAUCCAAUAGGUACACUGUCUACUACAGACUGUCCAAAAAGUAACACAUUUCAGUCAACAUUUUGGUCCUUAGUACUGUUCCUUCACCAGUUUUGUAUGGUUAAAUGUACAGUUUUCUUGUUAACAAGAAACGUUUCUUUGAAAGUUUUACAUCUUAUAUUUGACUAAAUUGACCGAAAAAAACCAUGACAACCCUCAAUCAGGAUAUCCAGUCUCUGGGCAAAGAUUUGAACUAGGGACCUCUGUAAUACCACUCAGUCAUGACACACAAUAGAAAUUAUAAGAACAGUGUCUUUGGUAAAAGGUGUGAAAAUCUUAAACACACAGCAGAAAACUAGUUUUUGAUACAUGUGUUGAUUUAAAUAAUUUAGUACUAAGUCACUAAUGUGAUCUUAUUAUACAAUGACAUUCGUAUCAGGUUGUCAUGUUCCUGUGUACUUGUUUAUAGAAUACAGUGCCAAAUAUGUGUUCACAUAUCAAAACAGUUUCACAAUAACAAGUCUUUAUAGAGUAACCAAUACUGGUGAAUAAUUCUUAAAAUUAUAUUCAUUCUUAUAAAAACAUCUCAGGUAUAUCCAGAGUAAUAGGAAUUUAAUACAAUGGUUAAUAAAGUCUUCUCGGGCUAUCAGCCAUGUUAGAUGGUGAUGGCUGAUAGCCCGAGAAGACUUUAUUAAAAAAAGCCGCCAUGAAAGCAUCACAUCAUGUAAUAUAACGGUUGUUAUAGAUAAGAUCUCUCAUCCACUGUUUUAAUGCCAUGAGCUAUUUCACAUUACAGCAUAUCUCUGGCUUUUAAUGCCCAUUUUCUUUUAUUGUGAAUGGUGUUUAUUAUGUUGUGAAAUGCAGAUUUGUUCAUACUUUUAAGUUUCUUACUCUUGUAUGUGAUACUUGAUUCAAAAGUUUCUAAGACUGUGAAUUAUUCUACUUUAAAAUUUAAUGAAAUAAAUUUGUAAGGCAAGAAUAUGGUAAUAUCACAUCACACUGUUAACAUCUUCAUCGCCUGAUACACUUGUAUUAAGGCUGUUAGAUAACUUAUAAUACUAGCCAUUUAACAUUGUCAUCUUCAUUAGGUUACUUUUGUGACAGAAUCAGCAUUUUGCUGUGUUACAGUAAUAUACAAUGUCAUGGACUGGCACAACAAAAUUCAGAUGCAUUCAACAUAAGAUGCUCUUAAAUCACAAGGAUUAAAAACAACAUAAUUUAAUGCUCACGCUUUUAUUGGGUUCUGUCUUACAUAGUUUCAAUUUUAAAUAAAGAAACUUUGGGAAUUUCAGUAUUUCAUAAAAUAGGAAUAUAAAAUGUACUUUGAUAACUUUACACAAUCUGUUGGAAUACAGGCACCUGGAUCUUGUUCACUUCUAAACUCUGAGUUUUAUGUGCUUGUCCACACUACAUGAUGUUUUUAGAAUGAAUUUACAUGGUUUAUAAUAUGAAAAAUUAUAUAUUUUUAUUGUUUGUCAGCAUUGUUUCAUGUUGAAACAUCAAGCUCACUGCAUAUCAUACAAACAGAACUGUAAAUAUCACAGGAUGAUUUAAAUUUUGUGGUUGAACUUGAAAUGCAAAUAUGUAAUUAGUCUUUUACAGAACAGUCUUGAUAGUCUUGAUUGGCCAGUUAAUAAUCUUGAGUUGCAAUUGUAAAAGUUGGACUGUAAUUUACAUGAUACAGAAAAACUAUUGUUGUAACAAUACUGACACUUAACUGAUCACUUCAUGACUGUGAGGUUAAAUGAAGACUAGAAUAAGACAGAGUUAAUUCUGACAAAAUCAUAAUAUUAUUCAGUUUCAUGCAAAUAUACAGUUCACAUACUAAGAAGUUCAACUGACAAUGAGACAACACUCAGACAAUGACAAUGAAAGACAAUAAGAUUUAUCCACUAUGCAACCCUUCACACGCACAGUCCACCUGGCUGAGCAUUGUACUGGCACAAUGCUGAACUGUUACCCUGAGCUGGCAGCCACAUAGUACAGGGACUUAAAUUAUCUGUUUCUGUAUGAUAAAGACUAAUGACAGCCAAAGGACUUUGAACCUAAAAUAACAAUGCAGACAGAUGGACUUGACAAAGUAAUUUUAAUUACUAAAUUAAGUUUCAUAAUUAGAAACCUAAACAACAUAAAAUUAGAAGAUAACAGCCUUCUGGGUGUUGACUCAUUGGGCAAUAUCUUCAUACUUGCUGCCAUGAGAACCUGAAAUCUCACUAAGUAGAAAAAAACCACAACUGACAGCAACUUUUUGACAAUAAAUGAACACAAUACACAGACUGGUCAUGAAGGAACAAUGGUAGCAAAGACAAUCAAAAAACUGCAAUUAUAAUUUCGGACUGUAGCAGAACAAAAUGAAUUUUUGUAUGACAAAAUGGGAACCAAGAAACUGACGAGGCUCAAAUACAAAUGAGACUUGAGUGUACAGCAGUAGCACAUGCUUGACAAAUGUUGACUAUAGAACUGAGUUGUGACCAAAUACUGAGAAAACUGUGACAUUAAAAGUAAUACUUGGAUGACAAUUAGAACUGACUCAGUCCCAAUAGACAAAAAAUGAUGAUAAAAUAACUACAAAACUGGAGUGACAAGGACCAUGAAAUUAAAAGGGGAAAAAAUAAGACUAAGAUAUAAUAAGUAUCUACACGAUAAACUGAUACUAACAAAACUAGCUUGGCCUAAAAACACAUGAUGUUUUGACAUUACAACAGUAAAAUAUGAUAGACUAACUGAUUACAUAACUGAGUUGUGACCAAAGACUGAGAAUAUUCAUAAUAAACAAAGAUCAUUUGGACUCUGUGAACAUGACCACAUCCUAAAAUACACAAGAAUAUGAAAAACUGACCAAAACAUUUUAAACAAAAACUAAAGAGUAUGAAAUUAUGACAGAAACAAAUACUGUAAGACAACAAAAGAAAUAUUUGGAUGACUUUGACUUUAAAACAGUACCAUGUAACUAACAAAUACUGACUGUAAAAUUAAGGUGUGGCCAGCCAGAUACCGAGAACAUUAUGACAUAAUAAAUGUAUAACAUUUGGUGACAAUCUGGACUCUUUGAAACUGACUCUGUAGUGAAAGACACAAGACUAAAGACUAUCCUGCAAUAUUGAAGUGACCAAGCAAAGAACAUGAAACUACAUUUAAAGAACAUAAGACUGUAACAUACUAAGACGAGCAGGUAUCAUAACUUAAGAGAAUUAACAUGACAGGCCAUACAAUAUAAAAGUAAGUUAAGACAGAAAAUACAAUGAAGGAAGGAUUGUGACAUUAGGUUCAGAUCAGUAGGACAUGUUACAUUGAAUGAAGAACAAGAGUUAAGUUGAGGAAUAGACAGAAUGUUAUAAUCCAAGAAAUAAAAUGCUUAAACAUAAACACACCCUAGGAAUUUAAACUGUUUGAUAGUAUGACACUGUGACACAACUAGAAGAAUGUGACGUUAAACUUGACUAGUCUAUUAGUUUGUUAAAUCUAUUUAAUAUGUGUCAGAUUAGUAGAUAACGAAGACUUAAGGGUAAUAAAUGUUAUGAUGAACUAUGGAGAAAUCUAAAUGUAGAGCAAAGAUGUGAUAACAAUAGUAGAACUUAAUCUGCUGUCUGGGACUAUGGAAUUAAACUGAAUCAGAAGUGGAGAAGAAAUAAAAUGUAACAGCAAUCAAAUGUGAAUUACAGCUCAGCAAUCCUGACAUAAAACAAAUAUCAUAAUGACAUCAUACGACAAGAAAUACCUGAAUGACAGUACAGUGGACCACUGAACCAUGCAUAAAAACAAGGACAGAAAAUGCUACAAGAAAAAGAUGAAUGACAGCCCAGAAUGGUAAACCUAAUUAGCAUCAAAGACAGAAGAAAUGAAAGUAACAUUUGAAUGACGAUAUGAAUCUACACUUAACUGAAAUCAAAUGUCAAUGAGACUACUGAAUGACCAUAACCUGACUAACAAAUAAACUGAGACCACAAACAAAUUUUAUAAAUGCCAAGUAGAGACAAGACUAUGACGCUGACAUAUGUUAGAUGUGUAAAGUUUCAGACAGAGAUGACAAAAAUGUAAUAGUGAUUAACUGAUUUACUGUUAAGAGACUGUACGUGAAAUCAGAACAGGAGCCACAAAAGACUAACAUAAAAAUACCAAAGCCAGGAAUGACUCAUUUGGCAUAAAAAUGAAUGAAAACUCAUGCAGAUUAGGAUGUAAAAAAUAUAAUAAUUCUUAUGAUAUUUUUCUUGUGUUUCUAACAUGCUGGGUCUCACUAAACGCCUUUCUUGGCACUGCCGCAAUAAUUCUCUGAGGUGAAUUCUCUGACCUGUUACGUUCUAUAAUUUCAAGAUUAAUACAUUAGGACCAUAAUGGCACAACAAUGGUAACAGAUGACUUUUUAACACAUAAAACAAAUUGGGUGAAUGAUUAUGACCAUUAAAUGUUAUACUAAUUAAGAUAAAUAAAUAUAUAACAGUUACAAACUCUUAAGUGGUAGGAGGGGACUUUGUAACAUUGCAUGUGCAGACUACGCUCCAACUCUGAACAAGACAGAGACUAUACCUUUUUAAAAUUAACAUACUUUAAAUGAGACACAAAGACAAAUAAUACCAGCACUAAUCCACAAACGUGAACUGACUUCUAAAACUAUGAAGUGACAAUGGUACGAACUGAUCUUGUAUGUACACACCUACAAAUACCAUUACUAAUACAUGACAGUAACAAUUCUUUUUUAUUUAUGCUAUUGAAUAUAGCCGUCAAUAUUAUAACACAACGCUGAUCUAGUGUAAACAUGAGACACAUUAGACAUUAAAAUAGCUACAGAUGGCAACCAUGAACAAAAUAUCAUCUCGUUUGAAAAUAUACGUGGCACAUACAAAUUUCCUAACUUCCUAACUUUGCCUUGAAAUUGGUUUCAGAAAAUAAUAUAGGAAGGUAACAAAUCCUAUGGCUCGGAAAGUUGACAUGUAUGAAUCAGAAAUACAAACUCAGACUUGUAAACGACUCCAGAUAACAAAGAACUUUAGGGAACUGUUACUUUUGACUUGGAAAUGAUUAAAAGAUGCCACAUGAAACUCAUGAGUAGACUUAAAAUGGCUGUGUAUGACAAGUAGGAGUUAUGAAUAGAUAACUUGACUUUGAAAUGUAUAUACACAACAAAGACAAGACACAAAGAGAUUGAAAGACUGUGAAAAGGCUGUAGAUGACAAAACAUGGUACACAUUUAUAUUUACUUAUCUUGAAAAUGCUUAAUAGUAAUAAAUACUUUUGCUUGAUAAUAGUUAUGAAUAAAAAACACAAGUCAGGAAUGAAUACUUGAAUUCUGAAAUGGUUAUAGAAGACUUAGGAUACUUGAUAUGAAAACAAAACAGAAACAAAUAAUAUGUCACAACUUCUUCUUCUAUGGCUCUCCGGUCCGUAUUCGGUCCAUGGCCUCCUCAAUUCUCCUCUUCCAUUCGGUCCUAUCCUCUGCUGCCUUCUUCCAAUUUCCAAUCCUCAGGAGCAGUGUGGCGUCCGUUUGAACUGCAUCCUCCCAUCUGUUCCUGGGUCUUCCAACUGGUCUUCUUCCUCCAACACCUCCUUUGAACACCAUCUUUGGAAUUCGGAUGUCGUCCAUCCGAAUCAGGUGACCUGUCCAUUGUAGUCUCUUGAUUUUUAUAAAUUGUGACAAAUAUGGCACAACAGUGUUCCAAAUAAUGUGUUGUUGAGAAUAUUAAUUUAUAGCAAUUAAUAGACCAACUGCAAUAUUAGCUUUCAUGUGGUUGCAAAUAAAGCCAUAACACUAAUGGCAAUAGUAAGGUAAUCUUAGAAAUACGUAUAAACUAGCUCAAUAUUAAUAAAAACGUUGAAAGCAGCUUGACACAAAAUGACACUAGAGUUUAAUUAUUUACAGGAAAUGCCAUAUUAUUAAGUAAAACUACGAUUUUUGAGUAAUGAAAGCAAUUUUUAUAUUUUUGGUAAAUGAAAAGUUUAGAUGACUCGGACAUUAUGAAUAUGACAGGUUCUUUCCAUUUUAUGGAAACAAAGACAUACUCUGAGACACUAAUAGUAACAACUUACUUCUUAGAGCUGCAGUAACAGAUAGGAAUGCUACUGAUGACGUUCAGUUUUUGUGACCUGGAGAGGAAUUAUAGUCUAAAUAACCUGAUGAACUCGGGUGUGCUGCAUGACACAGAGACAAAGUAAGAACAGACCAACACUUAUGAUUUUAACAGCUAUCUUCUUGUAACGUAAAAGCAGUUUUGAAAUGAAGACUGUAAUGUAAACUGUUACAGAUGACUGGCAUUAACAUUUGAAAGCAACGUAAAUGAAAUAACUUUGAUUCUUUUAAAGAAUAAAGAAAAGUGUGAAACAUACAGAGCCACAUAAUUUAAUUUGAUAUAUGAAUUAGUAAGGUUUGUAUGUAAAAAGGUUGUAAUAAGAUAAGUACGUUACAGUAUACUUCUGUUAAAUAGAAUGUGUAUCAAUAAUAUUGUAUUUAUUGACGUCUUUGUUAAAUAACAUUUUUGUCUGAUUACGUGGAUUUGUCUGUGACAUUUUGAUGGUAAUAUUGUAAGAUAUUGAUGGAAAGAGAUGGAAAUAAAACUGAGAAUUGUUCUACAGUCA